AUGUCAUUAGCAAGAGAAAAAUAUCUUAAAAGGAAAAGAGAAUUGUUAGAAAAUAUAAAUUUAAUUGAUAUUGGAGAAAAAAAGGAUGGAAAUUUAGAAAAAAAAAGUACUGAAGAAGAAAAAAGAGAAAUAAAAAAUCAAGAUAACGAUAAAAAAAAUGAUAAAGCAAAUAAAUCUAUGUCACAAAAUACUAAUAAAAAAAAAGGUAAUAACAAAACAGAAAAUGAGAGAAAAUAUUUAAAAAAUAUCUAUAAUAGUUAUAACUCAUCAGAAUAUAAAAAUGAAGAUAAUAAUGAUAUUAAAAAGUCAAAUAAACUAAUUAAGCAUAAUAUAAAUGAUAAAAUUUUUAAUAAUAAUGAAAAUGCUUUAAAUAAAUUAGUUAUGGAUAAUUUAUUAGAUAAUAAUGACAACAUUAAUUUAAUGAAAGAGAUCAGUGUAAAUAAAAAUAUGAAUAGUUUGCCACCUGCAAAUUUUUAUAUGCCAAAUAAAGAUUCAGGAGUAAAUAAAGAUAAUGAUAAAAAAAAAUUAAUUAUUAAUAACAUAUAUGAAUCAAUAAAUGAUUUAAACAAUAUAGAUAUAAAUAAUAGCUUAAUAUUAUUAAUAUAUGUUUGUAAAUUAUUAUUAAAUAUGUAUGGAAAAAUAGAUACAAAACAAACUGUUAUGAACACGUCAUUAACAUCAGUAGAAAUGUUAAGGGAAAUAAAAAAUAGAAAUCGUAAAAAUAUAAAAUUAUUGAAAAUUAAUAUUUUAAAUAACAUAUUGAUAUAUUUAUCAAAUAAGAGUGAAGAAAUAGACGAAAACAAUACAAAUUAUAAAAGUAUAAAUAACGAAAAUUUUAACAAUAUAUAUGAAAAGUAUAAAGAAAUUAAAAUAGAAGAAAAAUGUAUAGAUAUAGAAAAUAUAGGUAUAAAUAUAAUGAUAAAAGUUAUAUAUAUAAAAAACAUUAAAAAGUUACUAUUUAAAUAUUUGUAUCAGGUAAAUAAUAUCUCAAAAAACGUAAAUGAUGUGAAUACUUUAAAUAAUAAUAACAUGAUUAAUUUAAGUCAUGUAAAAAAUAAUGACAAAGGAAAAAUUGAAGAAAAAAAAGCAGUAGUACCAUCUCCAAAUGAAAGCAAAGAUAUUAUUAUAGAAAGUAGUGGUAGUAAUUACAAUUCUUUAUUACAAGAAAAUGAGAAAAAAAAAAAGAAAAUAAUAGCAAAAGGAAUAAAAGGAAAUAAUGAAAAUUUUAUAGGAGAAUAUGAUAUGAAAAGCAAAGAAGAUAACAAGAAUAAUAAAAUAAAUUAUUUAGAAAAUUUGAUAAAUGAACCAACAGCAAAAGAAAAAAAAAUAAAACAAGAAAAAACAAAUAUACUAUCUAUAAUUGAGGCACCAACUGUAAUAGAAGAAAUGAGAAUAAAGAAAUUUCAAAAAAAGGAUGAUUCUGUAAAAAUUAUAUGCCCGUAUUUGACAAAAAAAAUAUGUCAAAAGCAUAGUAAGGAUUGCAAUAAAGUUCACUUUAAGAAAAUUAUUUCUGAACAUACUGAUGUAUCAUUAGGGGAUUGCUCCUAUUUAGAUACUUGUAGGCAUAUAGAAACUUGUAAAUUUGUUCAUUAUGCAGUAGAUAAAGAUGAUCAAAUAGUUAAUAAUCAACAAAAUUUAAAUGAACAAAAGUUAUCUAUUUCUAAUAUAAGCGAAAAUACAUAUGGUCCUCAAUGGAUAAGAUGUGAUUUAAGAAAUUUUGAUUUGAGUAUUUUUAAUCAAUAUGUUAGUGUAGUAAUGGCUGAUCCUCCUUGGGAUAUCCAUAUGGAUUUACCUUAUGGAACUAUGACAGAUAAUGAAAUGAAACAUUUACCUGUACAGUUAAUACAAGAUGAAGGGAUGAUUUUUUUGUGGGUAACUGGAAGGGCAAUGGAAUUGGCAAGAGAGUGCUUACAAAUAUGGGGAUACAAAAGGGUAGAAGAAAUAUUAUGGGUAAAAACUAAUCAUUUACAAAGAAUUAUAAGAACUGGAAGAACUGGUCACUGGCUAAAUCAUUCAAAAGAACAUUGCUUAGUAGGUAUAAAAGGUAAUCCAGUUAUUAAUAGAAAUAUUGAUUGUAAUGUUAUUGUAUCAGAAGUUAGAGAAACAUCAAGAAAACCUGAUGAAAUUUAUUCAAUUAUAGAAAGGUUAUGCCCUCAGAAUUUAAAAAUUGAACUUUUUGGAAGACCUCAUAAUUGCAGAAAUAACUGGAUUACAUUGGGAAAUCAACUAAAUGGUGUUGUUUUACAUCACCCCCAAAUAAAGGACAGAUAUAAUAAAGUAGCUUCUCUUUUUAAUUUACCUUUAUGUGAAAACUGA